AUGAUUGUAACGGGGCUGACUGUAACGGACGCGAACGGCGUGGCGAAAACGAUCAAGAUGGAGCAAAUUGUAACUGCCGAACCUACGACGCCGAGUCGACCCCCAAUCUACCAGGGUCGGCCGAGCCUGGAUAAGAAACGGCCGCCGCCAAUCAAGGGCAUCCCGCUGCCCUGGGAUUCGAUGGACGGCGAGGAUUUGAAGAGCCAGAGCGCGCUGGGGACUUCGGGGACGGCGGAAGGCGGAGGCGGAGCGGAGAUUGCGGGGGAGAAGAGUGUUGGCGGAAGGUCAUGGGGAAGCGGAAGAUCAUGGGGAAGAGUGGGGAGCCUGAGCAGAGGGGGGAGCGUGGGCGGGAGUGGGGGCGUGAGCGGGCGCGAGGGGGAGGAGGUGCAAGGCGAGGCGGAAGAAGCGGAGGGGGAGGAAAGCAGAGGCGAGUCCGGGGAGGGAAGCAUGGAGGCCAAUGCGUCUGAUGAGGACGAAGGGAGGAGAGACGGGAAGGAAGAGAACAAUGAGAAGCACGGGAAGAAGGGGAGUGAAGAAGGGGGGGAUGGGGAGAUAGAACAGCUGAUGGCACUGGUGGAAGCGAGAGAGACGGGCGUAAGGGGAGAGGCAGGCGCAAAAAGAGACACGGGCGCAAAGAGAGAUACCGCCGCGUCCCCGUCCGCCUGCGGAGCUACAAACAACACUGGUACGGCGGCGUCUGGUGGUAAGAACAAGACUGCGGUUGCUGGUGCCGCUGCCGCUGGUGGUGCUGUUCCCCGCGCCAGCAGCGCGGGCAGCGGCGGGAAGGCGGCGGGCGCGGCAAGGGGGCGCAGCGCAAGUCCCGUGUUGCGGCGUAGCAGCAGCGGCGGAGCAGCGACCGGUUUUGGCUCUUCUUCCUCCACCAAUCGCCUUGCCGCCUCUCCCCGCGCUGCUUCCCCGCGCGCUGCUUCCCCGGGCGGUGCUUCCCCGCGCGCUGCCUCCCCUCGCGCUGCUUCCCCCGGGGGAAACAGCAGCAAAGGUACCUUCCCCCGCACGGGCUCUUUCCGCGCGUCUUCUCCGCGCGCUGCUUCCCCGAGUGGCGGAAACAGCGGUUUGAGGGGACGACUCUCGAGGAGCGUAUCGGAUAAGCACAGGGCUGGUACGGUGGAGACGGGGGAUAAUAUCUUUGGCGAUGAUAUCGAUGAGGAGAUUGAGAUGGAAGGCGUGCGGGGAAGUGGAGGCGCGUUGCGCCGAUCGGCAUCGUUCGGAAGCAGCUGCCGGGCGGCUGCGGGCGGAGGAGUCGGGGAAGGCGGGGAAUGCGGAGAAGAGGGGGCGGAUGUGCGGGGAUCGCUCGGGGAGUCCCUGUGUCGCAGCGCUAGUCUGGGGGGAAGGCGGAACCCCGGCGCAACGCCGCUCGCCGCUACGGUGGAGGAAACUCGCGGCCAAGCGACGGUUGGGGCGGGGGAACGUGAGGCUCCGUCGCUUCAACGGCAGAAUGUGUUGCGGGGGAAGAGUGGGGACGACGUUGAGUGGGAGAGGCGUGGUGGCAGCAACAGCAGCGCUGCAGCCUCCCCUUCCUCCUCGCCUAGCAAGAUUGACCCAAUCAUCCGCGCUCUCAACUACGCAGCGGUUACGGGCCGGUUACCACCCGGCAUGGCUCUAGACGCCAUCUCGGAGGAACGUUCCAGCGCCCUCCUCUCCUCCGCCAUCCCCUCCCCCUGCGCGUCUGUGCAUAACUCCCUUCACCUCCUGCCCUCGCUUGCCUCCCCCGGCCCUACUCCUCCGCAUCCCUCGCAUCCCACGCGUUCCUCUGUGCAUGGUAAUAACCCCCUGCAGCGGCCGCCCUCUCCGUCGUCCGUCCGGGGUUCCCUUGCGCCAGCAGCAGCAGCAGAUCAAAUCCCCCCGGACGCAACAGCAGCAGCUGAAGUCUCCGCGUUCACAGCAGCAGCAGCAGCAGCAGCAGCAGCAGCAGCAGCAGCAGCAGCAGCAGCAGCAGCAGCAGCAGCAGCAGCAGCAGCACAGGAAGCCGGGGCAGCAGCUGCAGGUGAAGGCAGGGCAGAAGGCAGGGCAAGGCAGGCCCAGCCAGGUGCUCGUCCAGCGACCAGGCAUUCUCAAAAGCCCCGUUGCUGCCAAAACCACAGCAGUGAAACAGGGGCAGGGGCAGGCGGGAGCACAGAAAACACAAGCGCAGGGGGUGGUGGCCAAGGCACAGGUGCUGUCGGCAGCGGUGCGAUGCAGGGCGGUGGAGUACAGGGCGGUGCAAUGCAUGGCAAUCAUGGCGCCAAUGGGAGCCACGUCAGCCAUGGGAGCCACGUCAGCCAUGGGAGCCACGUCAGCCACGGCAGCCACACGAACAUGAAUGCAGCGACUGCAGCGGCCAUUGCAGCAGCGGCUGGGAGCAUUGUGAGCGGCACGGGCAGCUCUCAGAGUCGCUCCUGCAGCCGCACGUCCAGCAUGCGAUCCGAGCAGGACUUAAACUUGUCCAAGCUGAGGAAUGGCAGCAUCUCCUCCAACGAGUCCUGCCUCUCCAUGUCAACUCGCCAACCAUGGGGACGGACCAUGAAUGCAGCAGUGGGCAGCCAAGCAGGGCCUCCAAACAACCACCUCAGCCAAAGCAUGGGUGGCAGCGCAUACCACCACCAUCAGCAGUCGAACACUGGCAAUUCCCCCCAUCAGCCAUCAUCGGUAGAGCAUCCGCUUCAUAGCCCCAGUAAGACCCGCCCCAGACGCUACCUCCCCCGGGUGUGCCUCCUAAUGUCCUCCGCGCUCUCCUCGAGCCGCCUUCUGCUCUUCCUCGCGGUCGGCGUCGCGUGCGUGUUUUUGUACUCAGUCCUCGACAUAAGAUUAGAUGGCGGCGCGACGGGGAACGGGGAAGGAGGUUCGGGAUUCGGUUCGGCAGCGGGUGAAUUCUCCAUCAGGUUCGGCAGCAGCCGCGGAAGCAGUGGCAGCGGGAGGGAAACCGGGGGGGGAUCGGCGGGGGGUUCCGCCGGGAAGGCGUUUUGGGGGGAUUCCGGUAGAGCCGCGGCGGCGAUCGACGAUCUGCUCGUCGCGGCGAUGCGCAAAUCACGCUGGCGGGAUCUGGGGGAAUCCGCGCAGCAGCUGCUGUGGUCUUCCCCCGAUCAGGGGAUCAGGGGAAGCCUUAUUGGUGGCGGGAAGGGCGUAGGCGGAGCAGGGAGCGCGGGGAGCAGCAGCGGGGGGGAGAGCCUGGCGGAACGGCGGAGGCUUAUGCGGUUAGGGUAUGAUGGGGGAGAAGGGGAGGUAGCGGGGGGGAAUGGCGGAAAACUGGACCAAUCAGGAGGCGCCAGCGCGAGAAGCUUGCCCGCGUCUCUGAUUGGCUCCGGGAACCAGGGCUUACACGGCAAUGCUGACGUGGACCGUGCUCUAAACGAGCGGCUGGCUCGCGAUGUGACUAUAGUGAUCAGCGCAAAGCACACGUUCGGAACAGCAGCCGCGCAGCUAGACGCGAUUCUCGCGACCACUCCCCCCUGCCCCGUGAUAUACAUGAUCCCCGGCGCAAUGGACGCGCGCACGCGCGCUCACGUCAGGCGCAGGCAAGCGGAGGGCGCGCGGGGGAUGUGGGGGGGCUGGGGCGGCGCAGGGGGAGGCGCAGGCGCGGGGGGGGCAGCGGGCGGCGGAUUAGGGUUUGAGGAUCAGGAUGUUGUUAGGGGGAAUGGUGGCGGAGGGAAUAGGCGGAGGCAGAAGGGCAGGGGGAAGGGGCGGGGGAAGGGGGAGGAAGCUCGGGGAGGGAGGAGAAUACUCGUUAAGGAAAUGGAGGACGAAUACGCGAGCGGAUACUUAAUGCGAAACGCGUCGUCAGAGUUAAUCCACACUAAGUAUGCGCUCUUUGUGUUCUCUGACGUGUUCCCCUAUCGACCCAACUGGCUGCAGCACCUGUUCAGAUUCGCUGAGAAGCAUCCAGAAGGGGUGAUCUUCCUGCCGUUUAUAUGGGAGUGGGGGGGGGAUGGGGGGGGCGGAGGGGCGAAGCUCAGGGCGGGGGGGCUUAGUAGAGGGGCGGGGGUAGGGGGAGGGGCGGGGGGGGGAGGGUGA